AUGGAUUUCGCCGGUGUCCCCCCCAACAACGCAGCUCCUGCUGGCCCAAUGUCUUUUCCCAACGGUACUCCUCCUGCUCCUGACAUGGGCUCUGCCCCUCCUCCCGGUUCUGGUCCUGAUUCUCCCAAGACCACUCUUUGGAUGGGAGAGCUCGAGCCUUGGAUGGAUGAGAACUUCAUCAAGGGUGUCUUUAUGUCUGCGGCCCAUGAAACUGUCAAUGUUAAGGUCAUCCGCGACAAGAACUCUGGUAAUGCUGGGUACUGCUUUGUUGAAUUCCAGUCCCCUGAAGCCGCUACCAACGCCCUCGGCAUGAACGGAAAGCCAGUUCCUAACAGCCAGCGCUCCUUCAAGCUUAACUGGGCUUCUGGUGGUGGUCUCGUUGACCGACGGGAUGAUCGUGGCCCCGAGUACAGCAUUUUCGUUGGCGACCUUGGCCCCGAGGUCAACGAGUACGUCCUGGUUUCUCUCUUCCAGGCUCGAUUCCCUUCUUGCAAGUCUGCCAAGAUCAUGACCGACGCCAUGUCUGGCCAGAGCCGUGGCUAUGGUUUCGUUCGCUUCUCCGACGAGAACGACCAGCAGCGUGCUCUUGUUGAGAUGCAGGGUGUCUACUGCGGCAACCGACCCAUGCGUAUCUCUACUGCUACCCCCAAGAACCGUGGUAACCACGGCUUUGGUGGUCAAGGACACCACAACGGCGGUCCCAUGAUGGGCGGUAUGCCUCAGCAGCAGAUGUGGAAUGGAGGUGGCAUGCAGGGCUUCGGCUAUGGUGGUUUUAACCCUGCCACUCAGAUGAACCAGUUCACUGACCCCAACAACACCACCGUCUUUGUUGGUGGCCUUUCUGGCUACGUCACCGAGGACGAGCUCCGAUCCUUCUUCCAGGGCUUCGGUGAGAUCACCUAUGUCAAGAUCCCUCCUGGCAAGGGCUGCGGCUUCGUUCAGUUCGUCCACCGCCACGCUGCCGAGAUGGCCAUCAACCAGAUGCAGGGCUACCCCAUUGGUAACUCUCGCGUGCGCCUCAGCUGGGGACGUUCUCAAAACAACUCUGGCGUUGGCACUCCCUACCGCCCCGCCCCUCCUCCCCCUCACUACAUGGGCAUGCCCAGCCACGGCGGACCUGGCAACUAUGGCCCUCAGCACUUUGGCGGCCCUGCUCCCGGUCCCCAAGGCCCUCCUGGCCCUCCUGGACCCCCCGGACCUGGCGGUCCUCCUCAGGAGUUCUAA